CCCCCCCCCCCCCCCCAACAACAACACAGCACAAUGCCAGAAAUAAAUAUCAAAAUAAAGCAGGCAAACGAGACCGCCUUCUCAGUCUCAAUCAACACCACCGCCUCUGUAGCUGACCUCAAGCAGAAAAUAGCCGACCACGCCGAUGUUCCCACAACUCAGCAGCGACUGAUCUUUGCGGGAAAAGUGAUGAAGGAUGAGGAGAAGAUCGAGACUUAUAAGAUGCAGGAUGGUAAUACCGUGCACAUGGUGAAAGGAUCGGCGCCUGCAUCUCGAUCGGCGCCAACACCCGGUGGAGCUACGGCCGCCGCUUCUACCACUCCCGCCGCGUCCACCGCCACAUCUCCCUCCACCGCGAAUCCCGCUGCCGCUAACCCGUUCAACAUGUUCGGUGGACCAGGAGCAGCCGGCGGCCUUGGCGGAGCGGGCGGCAACCCCUUUGCAGCAUUCGGCGGCGGCGGAAUGGGCGGCAUGGGCGGCGGCGGCGACCCCUCAGCAAUGAUCAACGCUAUGCUCUCCAACCCGGCCGUCAGCGCCUCAGUUGCGCAAAUGAUGUCCAACCCACAAGUCCUCGAUCAGCUCGCCGCGGCCAACCCAGCAAUGGCGGGCAUGAUCACCCCGCAGAUGCGCGAGAUGAUGAACAGCCCCCAGUUUAGAAGCAUGAUGUCCAACCCGGCAGUGCUGCAGCAAGCGAUGCAGAUGUUGCCCUUGAUGGGUGCCAUGAACGGUGGUGGUGCUGGUGGUGCGGGAGCCGCUGGCAAUCCACUAGCCGGCAUAUUUGGAGGAGCCAACCCGGACGCCGCCCGAUCAGCCGCAUCGCCUGGUGCAGGCGCGGGCGCAUCACCCUUGAUGAACCCUGCUCUAAUGCAAAUGCUCAUGGGCGGAGCUGGCGGUUUCGGCGCACCCGCAGCACCAGCCGACACCCGCCCCCCGGAAGAACGGUUUCAGGAACAGCUGCGGCAGUUGCAGGAGAUGGGAUUCUUCAGUGCGGCGGAGAAUAUUGCGGCACUUACGGCUACGGGGGGGAAUGUGGAGGCCGCUGUAGAGUAUUUGUUUUCGAGGCCGAGGGGGUAUUAGAGGGAGUGUCCCUCGUCUGCGACGUACACCGUCAACUUGAGCUCGGUCAACCGUGCUCUCCGCCCUCAAUACCGAUGAUCAUCACGCCUUUCCCCUAAUGUACGGCAACUCAAAAGCAAUGUUACUCGCGUAUCGUCUUGUAGUCGUAUCUCCCCUCACAGUGCUGUAUGUACAUCGUACCUCUUUACCCUCCCAUUCUGUACGAUAUCUGUUAAGUCAGAGGGGGCCUCCCCAUGUGAUGUGCUCUUCGAUAUUACAUAAUAGACGUGGCCUGGUUUCUUCCAAAAGCUUUGCCUCUUCGUGAAGCUUUCAUUUGGGGCCAGAAAAAUGCCUUGUAGACUUCGGAGCAAUUUUGAUCGCGUCGGCCCCUUAAUACCUUCCGCUCAUACAGUACCACGACAAAAGUUUUCGG